AGGUUCCUGGGCGUCAUGCCCGCCUACAGCGCCGCGGACGACGCGCUCACCACCAAGCUCGUGACCUUCUACGAGCACCAGCAGGACCCUUCCGUGCCCUCGCACCAGGCGACCGUGCUGCUCUUCGACCCGCGGAGCGGCGCGCUGAAAGCCAUUCUAGAUGGCAGUGUCAUUACAGCAAAACGAACAGCUGCGGUUUCUGCAAUAGCUACCAAGAUGUUAAUGCCAGCUUCUGCAGAAGUGCUGUGCAUUUUGGGAGCUGGUGUUCAAGCACAUAGCCAUUAUGAGAUCUUCACAGAGCUGUUCACAUUCAAGGAGGUCAGAAUAUGGAAUCGCACCAGGGAGAAUGCAGUGAAGUUUGCCCAUUUGGUUAAUGGGCCAGUGCAGGUCUGCUCCUCUGCCCAGGAGGCAGUUACUGGGGCUGAUGUCAUCAUCACAGUCACCAUGGCAACAACACCAAUUUUAUUUGGGAAGUGGGUAAAACCAGGUGCCCACAUCAAUGCUGUUGGAGCAAGCAGACCAGACUGGAGAGAACUGGAUGAUGAACUGAUGAAGAACUGUGUUCUCUUUGUGGAUUCCAGAGAAGCUGCUGUGACUGAAUCAGGAGAUGUUAUAUUAUCAGGGGCAGAGAUUUUUGCUGAACUGGGAGAGGUACUGAAGGGUACAAAACCGGCACUGCCUGAGAAAACAACAGUGUUUAAAUCACUGGGGAUGGCAAUUGAAGAUACAGUAGCAGCAAAAUUUGUUUAUGAUUCAUGGUCAGCUGGUAACUAGAGAGGAGUCAGCAGUGCCAACAAGACCACAGAAUACCA